GUUGUGCAGCUGCGAGUUCGAGAGCUACCGGACCUCAAAGUCAGGGCUGGGCGGCAGCACCCUGCGUCGUGCCCCGUCCCUCUGGGCCCGACCAUGGGAACCCCAAAGCCCCGGAUCCUGCCUUGGCUGGUGUCUCAGCUGGAUGGGGGACACCUGGAGGGCGUGGCUUGGCUGGACCAGAGGCGCACGCGCUUCCGCAUCCCCUGGAAGCAUGGCUUGCGGCAGGAUGCCCAACAGGAGGACUUUGGCAUCUUCCAGGCCUGGGCGGAGGCCAGCGGUGCCUACACUCCUGGGAAGGAUAAGCCUGACCUGCCGACCUGGAAGCGGAAUUUCAGGUCUGCCCUGAACCGGAAGGAAGGGUUGCGUUUGGCUGAGGACCGGAGCAAGGACCCCCGUGACCCACACAAGGUCUAUGAGUUUGUGGACUCAGGAAUUAGGGACUUCCCUGAGCAGGGGACCCCUCCAGACACUGAUGGCAGAUGCAACACCUCUAAUAGCCAGGAAGACAUUCUGGAAUUACUGAGCAGCAUUGCCUUGGGCUCAGUCCCAGACGAGGGGCCCCCGAACCUGCCUGUCACCCCAGAAUACCCCCCUCAACUCUUGCUGAGCCCCAACUUAGAUAUCCCUGCUCCCUGCCCAAACUUGGAACCACUUGGAAACCCACUGAAGCGGCUCAUCGUGCCCGAGGAAGAGUGGGAGUUUGAGGUGACCGCCUUCUACCGGGGCCGCCAAGUCUUCCAGCACACUGUCUCCUGCCCGAACGGCCUGCGGCUGGUGGGGCCCGACCUGGGGGACGGGACGCUGACGGGGCAGCCCGUCCCACUGCCCGAGCCCGGGGCCUUACUGACCGACAGAGGCGUGGUGGGCUACGUGAGUCGCGUGCUGAGCUCCCUGGGCGGAGGACUAGCUCUGUGGAGGGCGGGACAGUGGAUCUGUGCCCGGAGGCUGGGGCGCUGCCACACGUACUGGGCUGUGGGCGAGGAACUCCUUCCGGACACUAGUCACGGGCCUGAUGGCGAGGUCCCCAAGGACAAGGAAGGAGGCGUGUUCAACCUGGGGCCGUUCCUGACAGAGCUGAUCGCCUUCAUCGAAGGAAGCGGACGCUCGCCACGCUACACCCUCUGGUUCUGCAUGGGGGAGUCGUGGCCCCAGGACCAGCCGUGGACCAAAAAGCUGGUGAUGGUCAAGGUCGUGCCCACGUGCCUCAAGGCCCUGCUGGACAUGGCCCGGGACGGGGGCGCCUCCUCCAUGGAGAACACGGUGGACCUGCACAUCUCCAACGGCCACUCGCUGUCCCUCACGCCGGACCAGUACAAGGUCUACCUCCAGGACCUGGUCCAGGACAUGGAUUUCGAGGUCUCCGGGGUGGUCUGAGCCCACCCCUCGGGUCCAGGCCCCUUACUCCAUCCAAUAAACUGGUUCUUGCCACUGUCA